UCACCCUUACCAGUUUCAGGCCCUACUUCUUCUGCUGAACAGAUUUACAGACUUCCUCUCAAAAAUGUCCUGCCAGCAGAAUCAGCAGCAGUGCCAGCCUCCUCCCAAGUGCCCUCCCAAGUGCCAGACUCCUAAAUGCCCUCCAAAGUGCCCCCCUAAGUGCCCUCCCAAGUGCCCCCCUGUGUCUUCCUGCUGUAGCCUGGGUUCUGGGGGCUGCUGCAGCUCUGGUGGCUGCUGUGGCUCCAGCUCUGGUGGCUGCUGCAGCUCUGGGGGUGGAGGCUGCUGCCUGAGCCACCACAGACCCCGCAGAUCUCUCCGUCGCCAUCGCCACAGCUCUGGAUGCUGUAGCAGUGGUGGCAGCAGUGGCUGUUGUGGCAGCAGUGGUUGCUGUAGCAGCAGUGGCUGCUGUGGCAGCAGUGGUGGCAGCAGUGGUUGCUGUGGCAGUGGCCAGCAGUCUGGGGACUGCUGCUGACCUGGGUCAUGAAGACUUCAGACAAGCAGUAAAAGAGGCAGCCAUGUUCACAGGACCUGCUCCUACCGCUAUUCCUCCCAUUCCUUCUUGUCUUCUGUGUUCUGGACUUCAAGAUAAUGAAUUUUUCAGUGAAGUUCAAAUUAUGCCCCUUAGUCUCAUUCCCUUCUGUGAUUCCAAAUAAAAUCUUUCCU